GACCUCUUGACCGACCACAAGCGGCAGCGGGGAAGUGGGGAGACUAUCGCAAUUGUGAUGCUCCUAAGUGGCUUCUGCAGGCUAUGUACGAUCAUAUAGCCAACACACACCCGGACCUCGAUUUCAUCAUCUGGACGGGCGACCUCGUACCGCACAACGUCUGGAAUACGUCGAGACAAGAGAACGUGGAAGUGAUACAGGAGACGGUGCAGAUGCUGCGAGAAAGCUUUCCAGCUGUGCCCGUCUUCCCGGUGCUGGGAAAUCACGAAUCAGCCCCUGUCAACUCGUAAGCUGCCUUGGUAGUAAUAAAGAUA